AUGGAUAUAGCUACUCGUAAUGACGGAAACAAGAGGCUGACGUGCACUGUGUACGGCUGUAAGCGGGUUUACAGUGACGCAAAUUUACUCGAAAGACACAUUAAGGACCAUGAUCUCCCAGUUCAGUCUCUCCCAGGUAAAAAGAUGCUGUGUUCCGUGAUCGGCUGCAGGGGCUCUUUCCCAAACAUGCAGAAACUGAUGGAGCACCUGAGGCACCACUACAAACCAAACAUCUACUUUAUGUGCGAGAACUGUCAUUCCAAACUGCGUUCCUAUCGUGGACUUCUCGUUCAUUUGCGCUCCUGCUCCAAAGCUCCCAAACCCAAUCCAUUCAGCCCCUUGCCCCAUCCCAGUUCAACAAGGCCCCUGUCCAAUCCCAAUCUAGCCAACCUCAUGUCCCAAACCAGUCCCAAUCCAACCAACUUGAUGUUCAAAACCAAUCCCAAUCCAACCAACUUGAUGUUCAAAACCAAUCCCAAUCCAGCCAACCUCAUGUCCCAAACCAGUCCCAAUCCAGCCAACUUGAUGUCCCAAACCAGUCCCUUUCCAGCCAACCUCAUGACCCAAACCAGUCCCAAUCCAACCAACUUGAUGUUCAAAACCAAUCCCAAUCCAGCCAACCUCAUGUCCCAAACCAGUCCCAAUCCAGCCAACCUCAUGUCCCAAAUCAGUCCCAAUCCAGCCAACCUCAUGUCCCAAAUCAGUCCCAAUCCAGCCAACCUCAUGUCCCAAACCAGUCCCAAUCCAGCCAACCUCAUGUUGCAAACCAGUCCCAAUACAGCCAACCUCAUGUUGCAAACCAGUCCCAAUCCAGCCAACCUCGUGUCCCAAACCAGUCCCAAUCCAGCCAACUUGAUGUCCCAAACCAGUCCCUUUCCAGCCAACCUCAUGACCCAAACCAGUCCCAAUCCAGCCAACUUGAUUUUCAAAACCAAUCCCAAUCCAACCAACUUGAUGUCCCAAACCAGUCCCAAUCCAGCCAACCUCAUGUUGCAAACCAGUCCCAAUCCAGCCAACCUCAUGUCCAAAACAAGUCCCCUGACCCAACCCAAUCCAACAAGUCUCAUGUUAAAAAACGAUCAGCUUCUUUUCGACUCCCCAACCCUAGAUCUUGCCCCGCCACAUUUAGUCCAGCAGAUCUUGGAUUCAUCAAUAACAGCUAUGCUAGUAAAUGACAUAGUGUUUCCAAACCUGGAGCCUGGCGAAGAUUUGACUCAGAAUGAAUUUUACCGGAGGCCAAAAACGAGUGCAUGGAGAUCUGCCCAAGGUUCUCCUCUUGACAGACGAAUCGAGUGGCAGCACAUCAGGGGGCGCUACAGGUGUGUGCAGUGCGGACACACAGUCUCCAAUAGAGAGGAGAUGGCGGCUCACAGCGCCCUUCACAGCAGCUCACUAGAUCCUGAAGAGGAAUCCACCAGCGCGCAGUCUUCUCCAAACUGCUAA